UGGUGCAGCGCCCCGGAUCCGCGCGGCUCAGCCGCCCGCUGACGCAUGGUCGGAAAGUUGCGCUCAAACCUUCUCCCUUCUCCUACUUUCUUUCUAGGGCCGGGCUGUUGAGUUGGAGCCGGGCGGGGAGGAGCCGGCUCUCCGCCCCUCCUGGAGUCCGGCGCGGGUGGCGGCUCGGGGUCCAGUGUACCCUGGACGGCGGCACAAACUUUCCCGACAGUUUGGGGACACUUGUCCGGAGCGUCCCGCACUGUGUGGAAGGAGGAGCCGAGUCCGCGGGCAGAUUUCGGAAGUCUUCUUCUGGGAGUUUCCAACAGUGCCAAGUGUUGGAGAAAUCUUUUCUGCCCCUCUGAUAGCGUGAAUUGAGCAAAUACAGCCCAGCAUUACGCUACCAAAGACAGCAAUCUCAGGUUUCAGAAGAUAGCAAUGAAAUGUGAAGAAGUUACAUUUCUUACGUGAUACUUGAAAGUUAGUGACUGCUUGCCAAAUUUUCUGGAAAAUUAAAUAUGACUUAGAAGCAUUGAUGUAUGAAGGUUUAUGAUGUCAUCGGUUGCGACAGAAAGUAAACUCCAGCAGACUGUGAGCCUGCAGGGAGUUGACCCAGAAACAUGCAUGAUUGUAUUUAAAAACCACUGGGCACAGGUUGUGAAGAUCUUAGAGAAGCACGACCCCUUGAAGAACACCCAGGCAAAAUAUGGAUCCAUCCCUCCAGAUGAGGCCAGUGCCGUGCAGAAUUAUGUAGAACACAUGCUCUUCUUGCUAAUUGAAGAGCAAGCCAAGGAUGCUGCGAUGGGGCCGAUUCUGGAAUUUGUGGUCUCCGAGAACAUCAUGGAGAAACUCUUCCUUUGGAGCUUGCGGAGGGAAUUUACUGAUGAGACUAAAAUCGAGCAGCUAAAGAUGUACGAGAUGUUGGUCACUCAGUCGCACCAGCCUCUGUUGCACCACAAGCCCAUCCUGAAGCCCCUGAUGAUGUUGCUGAGCUCUUGUUCGGGAACAAGCACCCCUGCCGUGGAGGGGAAGCUGGUUGUCCUCCUCAAUCAGCUUUGUUCCAUCCUUGCCAAAGAUCCAUCUAUUCUGGAACUCUUCUUCCACACUAGUGAGGACCAAGGGGCAGCCAACUUCCUCAUCUUCUCCCUUCUGAUUCCCUUCAUUCACCGAGAGGGGACAGUGGGUCAGCAGGCCCGGGAUGCUUUGCUUUUCAUCAUGUCUCUGUCUGCUGAGAACAGCAUGGUGGCCAAUCACAUUGUGGAGAACACCUACUUUUGUCCAGUACUUGCAACCGGGCUCAGUGGUCUCUACUCUUCCCUGCCUACAAAGCUCGAAGAGAAAGGUGAGGAAUGGCACUGCCUUCUGAAGGAUGACUGGCUCCUACUCCCUGCUCUCGUUCAGUUCAUGAACUCCCUGGAGUUUUGCAAUGCCGUCAUACAGGUGGCUCACCCCUUGAUUCGCAAUCAGCUUGUUAAUUAUAUUUACAAUGGGUUCUUGGUACCGGUCUUGGCUCCUGCGCUCCAUAAGGUGACUGUGGAGGAGGUCAUGACCACAACUGCAUAUUUGGACCUUUUCCUGCGUAGUAUCUCCGAGCCAGCAUUACUCGAGAUCUUCCUCCGUUUUAUCCUGUUGCACCAGCACGAGAAUGUCCACAUCCUAGAUACUCUCACAAGCCGAAUCAACACCCCAUUUCGGCUCUGUGUGGUGUCCCUGGCAUUGUUUAGAACUCUCAUCGGUUUACAUUGUGAAGAUGUGAUGUUACAGCUAGUUCUAAGGUAUCUGAUCCCUUGCAACCACAUGAUGCUGAGUCAGAGGUGGGCCGUGAAGGAGAGAGACUGUUACUCUGUUUCUGCGGCCAAGCUGCUCGCCCUGACCCCCGUUUGCUGCUCCAGCGGGAUCACCCUGACUCUUGGGAACCAGGAGAGGGACUAUAUUCUCUGGUCAAAGUGUACGCAUGAUAGUUCAGGGGCCGUGGAGCAGCCAGUGCCCCAAGUGUCGUCUCCGUCGGCCUGCAUCGUGGAGUACGGCAAAGCCCUGGACAUCAGCUACCUGCAGUACCUGUGGGAGGCCCACACCAACAUCCUCCGCUGCACGAGGGACUGCCGAGUCUGGUCCGCCCUGUACGACGGAGACUCCCCUGACCCGGAGACGUUUGUCCAGAGUCUGGCGGAGGACAGCGCCGUCGGCUCCCCCUAUCCUGUGUUCAGGCUCCCGCCGCAACUCCCCAGGAAGACGGGCUCUCCGCUGCCUCCAGGAAAGGAGAAGAGCCACACGGAGCUGGAGUGGGAUGACAGCUAUGACACCGGCAUCUCCUCAGGGGCGGACGUGGGAUCCCCUGGGCAUUAUGAUGAUCUGGAGAAUUCGGGCCCGCCGGCACCAGUCGACCCCCCCAGACACAUCCAGGAGAUGAAGAAGAACGCCAUCCUGCUCUUCAAAGGGUCCUACAUCGAAGAGUCCGACUUCCAGGAUGAUGUGAUGGUGUACCGGCUGUGUGCCGAGAAGGACUCUGAGGAUACUAGGAAGGUACAGGCGGAAACCGCCAGCCCUGCAAGCCAAGCCCAGACUGAGGUUCAGGGUCCCGCCCUGAACAACGGCCCCCUGCCCAGCCCUCCGUCAGGCACGGAUUCAGAGGAGGAACACGGUAGGGACAAUUCAGACCUGUUUCCAAAUGCGUCCAAGGGACCGACACAAGAAGAGGAGCUGGAAAUAGCCCCGCAACCGAUCCCGGAGUUAGUGUCUCCCAUCUCCGAGGCUGAACACGAUUCAAAGCCGAUGGUCAUUAACCCAGGGGGUGAAGAUUUCAUCGCCCAGUAUGACCAAAUCAUUAAAGAACUGGAUUCGGGCCCCGAGGGCUUGACAGAAGAGAAUUUCCCCUCGCCUGCUGUCUUGCAUCUCAAGGGAGAGCAAGAGGGGAAGGAAGAAGAGAGCAAAGGAGAAAAGGAGGACGAAGAGGAGGAGGCCGGGGAGAAGGCCCUGGAAGAGGAGGACGACUUUGAUUCUUUUAUAGCAGACGCUCCCACCAUCGACGCCGCGCCGUCCCCGUUUGGGGUGAGAGAUGAGACUGCCUUUGCCAGUCAGCCUCCCGUGAGGACUCAGAGCACCCCGUUCACAGGCCCAUUCAUCAGCGUGGUCCUGUCAAAGCUGGAGAACAUGCUGGAGAACUCUCUACAUGUUAAUUUGCUGCUUAUCGGGAUCAUUACUCAGCUAGCCAGCUACCCGCAGCCUCUCCUGCGCUCCUUUCUGCUCAACACCAACAUGGUCUUCCAGCCAAGUGUCCGCUCCCUCUAUCAGGUCCUUGCGUCUGUGAAAAACAAGAUUGAGCAGUUUGCUUCUGUGGAGAGAGACUUCCCAGGGCUCCUCAUACAAGCCCAGCAAUACCUGCUCUUCCGAGUGGACAUGUCUGACAUGACCCCUGAGUCACUAACCAAAGAUCCCAUUCAGGAUGCUUCCAGGACAGGAAUUGGCAAGAACCUUUUGGAUGGUCCCCCAAGAGUGCUUCAGCCCUUCCUGACAAACAGAGCCAAGGUGGCUGGGGUGCCCCCAAGCCUGCCCCUGCCGGUGAGGAACACCAUGCUGGCCGCUGCCCUCUUCCCAGAGUUCCUGAAGGAACUGGCUGCCUUGGCCCAGGAACACUCCAUUCUGUGCUACAAGAUCCUGGGUGACUUUGAGGACUCCUGUUGUUAGUUUUUUUUUUUUUUUUUUUUUUUUUAAUAGAGGUUCUUGUUUUAAGGUUUUAGCAUCUUGACUGAAUGUUAAAUGCAAAGCUGCUUACAAAAAUUUCUACUUUGAUAUUUCCUGACAAUACUUGAUUUGUGGGGAGGGAAAUUUUC